CUUUUCAAAGCUGACGGCAAAGAGCAAAGCUGAUACAGGUCUUUGGAAAAAUUGCAAUGUGCAGAAUAUCACUUGCGGUCAUUAUUUUUUGUUUUCUUGUCACAUUAGUAUCCUGCCACAUCAGGGAAAGAAGAAGUGGUAUUUCUGAUCAAAGACUGGCAGAAAUAGAAACUUUGCUGGCCAUGGAAAAUAGUCAGAGAGGACACAAUAAUGUUGCUUAUGGACUUAUCGAUCCCUUGAGCUUAGGCAAGAGGAAACGUAGCCACGACAAGGGCCUUUUUCCCAUGCAAUUGGAAGAAGAUUUCCCAGAUGAUAAUCUUCGUGAAUCGAGAUUGAAGCCGCCAUACUUCAGAGGCGAAUCUUUGAUGUAUCCUCGACGUCUUCCAGAAAGGAUAUACAACAGGUUUAAAGUCAAUGACUUGGAAAACAGAGAUUUGCAGGCUGAUGACAUUUCAACUAAAUAAGAAAAAAGCUUUGGCAAGGUCUACAGAAUCAGUUUUUCGCAGUUUACAAGUGUUACUUCUAUGUUUUAAAAAACUCUAUUCUAUUUAUAAAGAACCACUAUAUUUAUUAUAUUCCGUUUUCAAGGAACUUGCAUUCUUUUUCCUACAAUUGUCGAAAGCAUUGUGAUAUACUUCAAUGUAUGUAUUUAUCACCGAAACAGCUCAGAAAAUGUCAGCGCAACUUGUGUGUUAUUUUAUGUUUCUUUGUGCCUGUAUUAGAAUAAAAACUUUAUUUCAACUGUA